CUUCAACGCGUUUCAGGCGGAGUUCAGAUCUUAAAACAUUUGGCCAAACUUCUUCACCUCUCCACUUCUCCGUUCACAUAUUUGAACUCAGGCACCUUUUUUUUUUUUUUUUUCUUCUUCUUUUUUUUUUCUCCCCCUCUUUGGCCCGCCACGGAGGAGUAACAACUCGUGGAAUACUGAAAGUUUGAGACAAGUUUACAUUUUUUUGAUUCCUUUCUGGGGUUAUUUCUCACUUACUUUUCUCUCUCUCUCCCCCCCUCUGAAGUGGGAGCGCUCCCCGGACUCCUGCGGUUUGUUACUUUAAUUCUCUUUUUUUUUUUUUUUUUUUUACUCGUCGGAUUUUUUUUGGGGGGUUCACAUGCGAUGUCACGGACUAUUAAAAGAAGAAAGAAAUGUUUGUGUUUAGCCGUGUGGUUACCGUACGAAGGUGUUCUUUGAGAUUAUUUUUUGCAACCAGUUGAGCGUCUGGCGACAGGACUCUAUAAUCAAUGUGGUGUCAGCUGGAAGGACGAGGGGUCCGGAUCUCACCUAAACGCUGAUACGUCUUGGGAGUGAUGCACUGGCUUCCCCUGGUUGCCAUGGUGAUUGCCUCGGCCCUGCCCUUCCCUCACAACCCUGUGUCCAGGAUUGCUGCUGCGACCGCCGAGCCCGGCUUUGACGCCCGCAGAGAGCGCCGUCAUGACCAGGCCGCUGGCCUCGCAGCUAACCCCUUGGACUACAACUUCCGUGGAAAUGCCUCACAAACGGACUACAACAUGGUUGACCCGGUCAGCCAACAAACCAACCGACAAAACCUCCAGAACUUUAAGGAUUACAUGAAAUCCUCCGUAGACACUUCAAACUUAGAAGUCGGAAAUCAAGGAACUUACCAGUUUGAUAGCAACUCAGGCGCUAAUGACAAACGCAGAGUUAGUUUGGAUGUUCCAGCAGAAGGAGGAACACUCAGUAUCAAGGAUGUUUCUGAGGAUAAUUCUCUACCAAAGGACUACAAUGCUGACGGCAGCAGGCAGGAUUACUCAAGUUUUACAGACUUUACCAAGAAGGAAAACCUUCAGGACUCCACGGACAGGUUGCAGGUUUCUACUGCUGGAUCUCAAAAUGCUGUCAAUCCUGCUGCUAGUCUAAAGAUUCAGACGGAACCAGAACAGAAAGCGUCCGUCAUUGGGACAGCUGUGGGAGGAAGCGGUCCUUCCGAGGAGAAUCUAAACCUGGAGGCGGGGCUGGGACUUGGAACCGGGCUGGACUUGGAAGCAGACGAGAUGUUUCUGGAUGCACAUCCUCGAGUUCUUUUCUCGCCUUCCCCGUCGCCUCCACAACACCCUCCUCUCCUGCUCAUGUUGGAGAGCGGUCUGAUGGAGGAGGACGGGGACAAGGAGGAUCAAGAGGACUUGGAUGGACAUAUUGAGGGUCACGGGGACCGGGCACUUGACAGGACCACGACUCUUAGUUGGGCAGAAUCUUCCCGAGUGACCGCUGCCCGUGCCGUCAAAAGGGAUAAACGCUCUCACCUCUUGAUCGACAGACGGCGAGGGGAGAAGUCGGUGUGCGAGUCGGAAAGUGUUUGGGUCACUAACAAGUCGACCGCCAUGGACUCAAACGGCAAUAGGGUCACCAUCUUGCAGGAAAUCCAGACCCAGACCGGCCCGCUCAAACAGUACUUCUACGAGACUCGCUGCCGCCAAGCCGAGCAGCCGAGGGCCGCCGGAAGGGCUAGGGGCGCGUCGGCGAAACCGAUGGGGACGGGCGUAGCCGGAGCCGGCUGCUUGGGCGUGGAUAAAAAACAGUGGGUGAGCGAGUGCAAAGUCAAGCAGUCGUACGUCCGGGCGCUCACCAGAGACGAGAACAACCGAACCGGGUGGAGGUGGAUUCGAAUCGACUCAUCCUGCGUCUGUGUGCUGCUCUCCAGAACCAAUCAGGCGCUGGCGAGAGAGGUCUUGACGAGGAAGGGGAGGGGCUGAGACGGAGAGAGAUGGUGGGAAGUGGAAAGUGACACAGAGCAGAGCAGCUGUGACGUCUCAGCCUUCCCCUCCGCCAAAACUCCAAAGACUUAUAAAAAAAACAAAAAACAAGACGACCUCAACACUAGAUCUUAGGGAAAAAUGUCAUAUAUAGAUUUUUCUUUGAAAGUACUGUUUUUGUAUGUUUUAUCUUUCAUAAUCUAAGUUAUUUUUGAUUAGUACAUAAGCAUGUGUAUGUCUUUGAUAUUAAUAUAUUCCUUUAUAUAUAUGUGUACAAUAUGACACCAGUAUACCUUUAUGUACGAAGCUAUGUUUAUCUGUGUGUAUUUAUAGAAGAAGUCUUCAUGGAGUGGUAGGUCUCUCCAGUGUCUGAUGAAAAUUCCAGCCUCUCUCGGCUCUUCUCUGGGUUGUGAGAGGAAGGAGCGCCACCUACUGAGGCUCCACCUUACUGCUCCCAUAUCACCAUGAAUACUGCGACAGUGCUUUCUAGAGUCUCAUGAGAGGGAACUGUAUUAGAUAAAGAAAUACAGCAUGGGCACACUGAAGCGGGAUUUUCACACUCAGGCCGAUGAUUUGACAGGAAUACAUCUCCAAUCCGUGAAACUUUGUUCAAUGUGGUUCAUGAAUGUUAAACCAUGUGGUUUGUAAAUUAUACGACACCCCCAAACUAAUUUUAACAUCUGCUGGUUUGUUCGGUUUGCCUGCCAAAAUUUGGUAAUAAAGGAUCUUUGU